CCCCAUCCUCGCGGCUGAGAUCGGGGGAGUGGAAGGAGCCUGGGCGUGGCGGCGGCUGCGCAGCCGCAGUGGGCGCGCUCGGGGCGGCCCGCCGAAGGAGGAGCCGGUAGCCCCCCCAUGCAGCAGGAGGGGGUAGAACUCCUCUGUUACGGGACGUCCUCGCCAGAGAAGGAAUCCUGGGGUCCAAGACGCGUCACGUGUUGGAGUAUCACGUGACUGGCGUGGCUACCGCCCUGGAAAAGUCGGUCACGUGGCGGGGAGGGGUCAUGUGACCUUGUGGCCGUUGGGCGGCGCGCGCCUGCCUCGGGAUGGCGGAGGAGUCUGCGGAGGAUUGGCUGCUGGAGUCCUUGCGGCUAUAUAAUGAUUUGCAUGUGUUUGAGCUCCAAGAGCCGACAAGAGUCAUUGAAUGGAUAGGAGAAAAAAGUGUCUGUGUAGCGGGAUACGAGAACUCCAAAAAAAAUGAAAUUCUCCAGCUCCUGUUGCCUCAAAAACUGUAUGUGAAAGAGAAGCAGGUGAUGGUGACUAAGUGUGAGAGGGAAACUGAGGCACAGAGAAGCAAAGCCACUGGUCUCAGGUUACCCAGCAGGGUUUGUGUCCCGAGAGAGAUUUCAAGGUGGAACGUGGUGGAUUUUCCGACCGCCCUGUGUACAGCCUGCGGCAUGUGCCAAACACUAGAUGUUGUUAAAUCUGUAAGUACCAUCCCUACGGGAAAUGACAGCAAGAAACCUUGGGCUAAAAUUGCAACCACUUUGGCCAGAACCCCCUGUGUCCUUCAUGGCUCAAGAGUCAACAAUGUCCAAAUUACAGAGAUUGAAUCAAAGAAAAACAUCUACACAGCAGCCUCUAGUAUCAGCGAUGAGGUCAGCGGCCUGGAAUUCCUGGACUGUAAUACUUUGCUGGCCUGCUGCGUGAAGGGCCAGCUGUGUCUGGCGGAUGUUCGACAGCCGCAGAGUCCCCUGGGCGAUACAUCCGUUCCUUCGGCACUCAGUGGGGAGCAGUGGUGCAUGGGUGUCAGUUCUGGUCUGCAGGGCUCUGAUGUGAAUGCACCCGCCAUAGCCCGCCUCUCGUCCGGAGGACAGCUCACACUAACAGACUUGAGAAAUAUCCCAAAGCCUCUGAAAUCAGCCAGGUGCAAAGUUUCUGCUGCCAGCCAAAGCGCGGAGUUCCUGUGCGUCUCCUGGGCUCCUGUUCUGGACGGAUGCCUCGCCGUUUCAGCUCCAUCAAUGCUCUACGCUGACCUGAAUUCAUCUCAGGGUCCACAGAUUGCUCCUGCACAUUGCUGUAGCAUCAGUCAGCACUCACCAAGCAGGGAGUUACAAACCAGUCAGCUUAACUUCAGUACCCACAAAGAGAAUGGAGCAAUUAAUCCAGCAGUCAAUUUGCAAACACCUAGAAGGCUUCAAUGGGACCGUUCACAUCUAUGACACACGGAACUGGCCUGUGUCUGGUGGAGAAACAGAGCCGCUGUUUAGUCACAAAGGACAUAUCUUCAGUGGCAUGGACAACGGCGGUGACUUUCCCCUGGUUACAACACAUGCUUGGCAUCCGUGGAAACCAAGAAUGUUGUUAUCAGCAGCAAGUGAUGGCUCCCUGCAUGUCUGGGACUGGGCAGAGUCUCACAA